AAAUCCAAAUCCGCAAAUUAGUGACCACAGAAAUUUGAGAAAGCAAGCAAGAGAAAAAAAGGCGAAGAUAAAUAGUGAUGGUUUCUACCAGUUGAUUGCCGUCGUAAUACUCUUUUAUAGCGACAAGGAGAGAUAGCGAGUCAUCAAGCAAGCAAGAGAGAGACGAGUGUAUCCUUCUCCCUUUCUCACUCUCCGAGACCGACAAGCAGCACCUCAUCAAGCUCAUUUCCGAGCCUUCAGUCGAAGCAAUACCCACCCUUGCUUACCAUCGAGACGGCUCUGCACGAAGCCAUGUCAUAAUGCUUCGCCGUGGAGAUCUUGACUUGCUGCAGCUCCAGGCUGAGCUCUUGCGGUAGAAGACCUUAGGCUAGGGUUUCCCGAGCUCUUUGCUCGAGUUCGUGGUGGCCGAGCUGGCUGUGGCCGAGAUAUGGUCAGCGGUGCACGAGUUUAGUCGAAAGGCGGCUCCUUUUUGGUGUUGCGGCUCUGCGGGUGUGCGAAAAGGAGUCCCUUUGGGAGAUUCAGUGUUUAUUUAGUCACUGUUGGCUUUGCCUUCUUAAAUGCGUUGGGUAUAGUGGCUUCUGGAUGAUUUCAGCUUUUGUGUGGGGGAGUUUGUGGAGCUGCUUCUUCUUUGAAGCUUGGAUCAAGUGAGGUUUUGGAGGUUUCGUAGGGGAAAAAAAUGUAUAUUGUUAUUGGAUUUCAGCUUGGUUGCUUUGGUUGAGGUAACUGAUAUUGUUUAUUUGGUUCUCUGUUUGUUUUUACUUCCCCUUUUGAAAAUUGUCAGCCUUGAGCUGUUAAUCAGGUGAAGGAAAUUUGUGGUGGUUGAGGUGAAGGUAGAGCAUAUGGUUUGGUAUGAAAUGGAUAAACUACAGGAACUUGAGCCGCUUGAGUAUGCGUGUUUGACUCUUCUUUAAGAUCGGAUUCCUUGGUUUUGACUAUAGAAUUUCCUGAUAAAGGUUUGAGCCGAGCCAGUAUAUUGAAGCUUUGCGGCAUAAGAAAUUAGCAGUGCAGCUUUCCUGUUGAGGAAUCAGCUACUGGUAACGAUAUUGGCUUAAAUCUCAAGGCCUGCACCUAAAUGGAGCAUGAGAGUCAAUUCGACCUUCCUUCUUACUUUGGUUCUGCAAAUUAAAGAGUACAUAAUUUGUUCUAAGAGAGAAAAGGAUAGUGGAUUUCUUCUAGUAGAACCAGGUCCGUUGCAACCAUUCUGUGGCAAUUUGGAAAAUAGUUUUGUUGCCGAAAGUGAUUGUCUCACAAAUUUCAGUUUUGUGAUGCAAAAAGAUCAACUUUGAUAGCAGUUUUGUAGUUCUUGUUGCAUUGAGUUGCUUCUCAACUACAAGAGAUGAGGUUAUCAUCUUCAAAUCUUGUUGAUCAACCACUAGAAGAAGGAUCAAGAUGUCUGAAUUCAGAGUUAUGGCAUGCAUGUGCUGGACCUCUAGUAUCAUUACCAGCUGUGGGAAGUCGAGUGGUAUACUUCCCACAAGGCCACAGUGAACAGGUAGCUGCAUCAACCAACAAGGAAAUUGAUUCUCAUAUCCCCAACUAUCCUAACUUACCUCCUCAGUUGAUCUGUCAGUUGCAUAAUGUUACUAUGCAUGCAGAUGUGGAAACUGAUGAAGUUUAUGCUCAGAUGACACUGCAACCAUUGAGCUCGCAAGAGCAAAAAGAUCCAUAUCUCCCCACAGAAUUGGGUGCCCCCAACAAACAACCGACCAAUUAUUUCUGCAAGACAUUGACUGCAAGUGACACCAGUACACAUGGUGGAUUUUCUGUACCUCGUCGAGCAGCAGAGAAAGUAUUUCCUCCGCUGGAUUUUUCACUGCAACCUCCUGCUCAAGAAUUGGUUGCUAGGGAUCUUCAUGGAAAUGAAUGGAAAUUUCGUCACAUUUUUCGCGGUCAGCCAAAGAGACAUCUUCUUACCACAGGAUGGAGUGUAUUUGUGAGUGCAAAAAGACUUGUUGCUGGAGAUUCUGUUCUUUUUAUCUGGAAUGAUAACAAUCAGUUGCUUUUGGGUAUUCGGCGUGCUAAUCGACCUCAGACAAUUAUGCCUUCAUCUGUACUAUCUAGCGAUAGCAUGCACAUUGGCCUUCUUGCUGCAGCUGCUCAUGCUGCUGCUACAAAUAGCCGAUUCACCAUAUUCUAUAACCCAAGGGCAAGCCCUUCAGAAUUUGUUAUUCCAUUAGCUAAGUAUGUUAAAGCAGCCUAUCACACCCGUGUUUCUGUGGGCAUGCGUUUCCGGAUGCUGUUUGAAACUGAAGAGUCCAGUGUUCGACGAUACAUGGGCACAAUUACAGGUAUCAAUGAUCUUGACCCAGUCCGAUGGCCAAACUCACAUUGGCGGUCUGUUAAGGUUGGUUGGGAUGAAUCCACAGCUGGAGAAAAGCAGCCUAGAGUAUCACUUUGGGAGAUUGAACCUCUAACAACGUUUCCUAUGUAUCCAUCUUCAUUUCCUCUUCGGUUUAAGCGUCCAUGGCCCACUGGACUACCCUUCUUCCCUGGAGGAAGAGAUGAUGAUAUCAAUAUAAAUUCACCUCUGAUGUGGCUUAGAGGAGAUGUUGGAAGCCCUACAUUUCAGUCGCUGAAUUUCCAGGGUAUUGGUGUUUCACCUUGGAUUCAACCUAGAUUUGAUACUUCAUUUCUUGGUCUACAACCUGAGAUCUACCAGGCCUUGGCUACUGGUGCCCUUCAAGACAUGCAGACCAUGGAUCAUACAAAGCAGGUAUCUCCAGCCAUGAUUCAAUUCCAGCAACCUCAGAAUACAACUAGCAGACCCAAUUCCCUAUUACAACCAAGUCAGAUCCUACAGCAUCUGCAACCUCAAACUCAGCAAUCAUAUCUUCAAAGCAUUCAAGGAAAUCAACUGCAAACUCAGACUCAAUCUCAGCUUCUUCAGCAUCCUUUUCAACAGGGCAAUUCGUUUGCUGAGCAACAAGAGCAGCAACAAGUUCCACAGCAACAGCAUAAUCAGAAUCUGCAAUUGCAGGCACCACAGAGUCAACAAAUUCAGCAAUCAAAGGUUUUGUCUGGCUAUCACCACCUUCCUAAUUUAGCAGAAAAUCUUCCUAAGCAUAGCUCUAGUUCUCAAUCACCAUCAACCACACUGCCCAUGGUUUCCCCAUCUUCCAAGCUGAAAGAUUUCCCUGUUUCUAAUUGUAACUCUGUUUCUGCACCUGCUGCUUCUCCCUUGCAUAAUAUUCUACACCAAUUUACAAGAGAAGAAACAUCGCAGCUUAGUUUGCCAAGGUAUGCUCAAGUAGUUAAUUCCAGUCCAUGGUCAUCAAAGAGAGUUGCAGUUGAAUCUAUACUCCCUUUAGGAGCUCAAAGUGUGCUCUCACAGACAGAACAAUUAGGUGCGAUGCAACCUACUGCAUCCUUACAGUGUGUAACAUUACCACCAUUUCCAGGGAGAGAGUGCUCAAUGAAUGAAGUUGGUAACAUGGACAACCAAAACCCGCAGUUGCUUGGUGUCAGUGUCAACUCAUCGCUAUUGGAACCUAAUGGCAUUUCAAGCCUCAGCAAUGGUGAGAAUGAGACUGAUUCAAUGAGCAUGUCUUACUCUGCAUGCAAUUUAUUGAGUUCCUCUGGAAAUGAUUUCGCUUUCAAUCAAGCAAUGGGCACUUCAAAUGUCCUAGAUCAAUCUGGAUUUUUGAGGACUACUGAUAACAUGGAUCAAACAAAUACUCAGAGUGGAACAUUUGUUAAGGUUUCAAAAUCAGGGUCAUUUGGGAGGUCGUUGGAUAUUACCAGGUUUAGCAGCUACCAUGAGUUGCGAAGUGAGCUUGGGCAUCUGUUUGGCUUAGGUGGUCAAUUGGAGGACCCUUUGAGAUCAGGCUGGCAGCUUGUAUAUUUUGACAAGGAGAAUGAUAUUCUUCUUGUUGGCGAUGAUCCUUGGCAGGAGUUUGUUAACAAUGUGUCAUGCAUAAAGAUCCUUUCACCUGAAGAAGUGCAACAGAUGGGCAAACAAGGCGUAGAUCUGGUGAAUCCAGCUCGUGUAGAUCUGGUGAAUUCAGCUCCCAUGACUAGGCAUCAAAGCAACAACUGUGAUGGCUAUUUCAGUCGGCAGGAUGCAAGAAACAUCGGCACCAGGAUCACAACAGUGGGGGCCUUCAAAUACUGAAGAGGCAAUCCCCUGUCCCCCAUCUUUUGGAUGCCUCUCUGGUCACUAUUUUUGUUGCACUUUGGAGAAUGUAAUUGACUGUUGUCUACUUGAUUUGUGUAUGUAUAAUGACUGUAUCAAAUGGUAUGUGCUCAGAACCUUGAUACACAUGCCAAAACUCUACUUUCUUAAGACUCGUUUAAGUCAAUGUAGGCUAUCUCAUUAUUUUAUUUCUUGUCA